GUCGUGGCACAUCGCAAAACAAGGAAGUUUAGGUUGAAUUUAUGAAUAACAAAUUAUCAAGUCGUAGAGACACCGGAAUCUCAAUUUCCAUACUUACUCUGCUCGUCGGAUUAAGGGAUUAAUUUGCUGCCUGGUUGGCGCAGUGGUUAGCACACCCACUCCUUGGUUUUCCGGCCUUGGCAUAUGUGCGUUUGGUUGUUGGCAACCAAGCCAGACAAUUGGGUUUUCUUCGAGCAAUCUGCUUAACAUCGUGCCAACGAGAAUGACGUUACAUGAGGUUAAUUAACUUUCUGUACAAUCGUUGUAAAUUUUAAACUGAAAAGAAAUCUUGAUAUACUUUAGGGUGCUUACAUUCAUACUGCAUUGUACAAACUACAUUUCGAAGCCAUGAGGACGCCAGUUCUGCUUGCGAGUAUUGUGCUCCUAUUAAAUAUAUAUUGUGGGAUCGCGUACCACCUUGACAACAACGAAGUAAAAACAACGUCAAAUCUAGGAGAUAUCGUUUCCGUACCCGAGGAAGAAAACGAAACUUUAUCACCUAGAUUCAAUGUAUCACCUCCGAACACUCAUCCAAAAAAUAUAAAACAAACCGUUACUAGAGAAAAUGGUCACACUGUCGAUACAUACAUUAACCACGACACAGUGUCAAGUGUUGAAAAGGCUGGCUUAAACGGAAAAGAAGAUUCUGUGUCCGAAGAAUGUGCAAUUGAAGUUGAAACGCGUUCAGUGGAUAGAUUUCGUCAUUUGGUUUUUAGAUCUGACAGUAAUUUCGUCCUUUUAAAUUUAACUUCAAACUAUGGUUCAGGAAUACAUUUAAGGAAAGCAGAAUGGACAAUUGCAGAAAAUAUUUGGAUAUGGACAUUUUACGGGAAAGAAGGUGCAUUAGAAUUUCUCAAAUGGCCAACUGAAUUUGGAAUUUGGUCCAUGGGUCUAUUAUACGAAUCUGUGAUCAGAAAACCAAUUGAGAUAUCACUGAAACGAAUUACUGGCAAUUGUUCGAAAUUAGAAGUCGGAAAAAAGGAUGAUGACCUUGUUAUUGCGAAAGCCUUAACAAAAUUAACACUUGAAAUGAUGUCGCUUGACAAGGAAAAGUAUGCACCUAGCUUUUAUUGCUACCGAAAAAGAAUGAUAAUAGACGCAUACGUACUCUGCAAACAUAUUGUGUGUCCGAUUGAGGCAGUAAAACACUCUUGCUGCAAUUUCUUCUACAACAAAACUUUAAAUCAGAGAGUAAUGAACUGUAAUGAACUUGAAUUCGAGUACGACGAAGUGUGGUGGAUCUUUCCAAGCAUUAUUUCGACAGUGUUGCUGAUGUAUUCACCUUUAUUUCUUAUGUACAUAUUGUACCACUUUUCAGAACGGGAAAGCGGUCGUCUGCGAUUAAAUGUUUUGAAUGGACUUACGGAGAACACUAUAACUUUUACACAAGACAACAACGAGUCUAUGAUUAUACAUUCUCACGAUGAGUAUAUCUUAUUCGAUGGUAUUAAUCAUGUCACUUUGUUAAACAAAAUCUGUAUUCCUUUGAACAUGAGUUUGGCAGCAAUGGGUUGUUUUACGGACGUAUUAAAGCGUUCGGUUAGACUUCUCAUUCCUGCAUUAAGCCUUACCUUUGUUGGACUGCAGGUGGUGUUAGAUUAUAAGGUAUUGUACAAGUUUGUACACGACUGUGUCGAAUCCGGCGUACCAAUGGGUUUUCGCUCAAUACUGACGGGCUAUGAUAAAAGUAAAAAUAUUUUUCUACCCUAUAUUGGUGGCCCUUUCGUUGCUCUGUCGUGUUAUUUAAUCAUCACUGGUGUGCUUGUUCUUGCGCCCAGCGAUCCAGCUAGACUAUUGUCCGAUGCUGCAGUAGCUUCGAGAUCGUCACAAAGUAUUCCUGAAGCUUCGCCACUUUUUUUGAGUCUCAAUAAUAUAGAAAUAUUCGGUGCAAUAAAUCUUAAAUACAGCAAAGGCUUUCGUAAGAUAUAUAAUAUUUUCCUUGCUCAAUUCUUUAUGCUUAUGAAUGUGAAGUUCUGGAAACACAUUUUCAAAAUUCAAACCGCUCGAUGGAAUGUUUAUAAUAAAUGCUGUCUUUGCGUCACUGUCUUUCCUUUGUAUUUUAUUUUGUGUUGUGUAGAGAUUUUUUUAUCCGUAAUAAUAUAUGGCUUCCCGAUUGUAUCAUUUGGAAUGCUGAUAAUUAAAGCAUAUUGUAUUCCUUUUAACAGAGGCGUUCGUAGAUGUAGAGAUCAUAUUUGCAUGUAUCUUUUUACAGGUUGUCUCAUUCUAUCAGUUGUAUAUUUUAUCUUUAUGUUUGCUACUAUUUUUUCUGACGCUAUUUUGUUUCUCACACGCGUUGCUAUAUUUACAUUCACUGGCAUAAUCGUUUAUCCUAAAACGGCGUACGGAUAUAUGAUAUUUGGCUUUACUGUGUUUUACUAUCUUUCGAACUGUUUUAGUGACUUUUCUAUGAACUAUAGCCGUCUCAUGAAGGAUAUUAUCAAACUUACAAAGGGCUUUCAGCGGCAUAAUGAAAACACCCAGAAAAAGGUGCUUUUCAAACAUAAGGACAAAUGGGGAAUUAGAGAGUCCCUUUUUGAACUAGCCAUAGAAAACCACAGCCCUCGACGAAAAUUGUUGUUUUCGACGCUCCUCCGAGCAUUUGUUGUUCUCGGGUUACUGGGAAUUUGUAUUAACAUGCUUUCCAAAACGGACAGCUUUCGUGAACUUCACGUCAUAAUGCAUGUUGGUACGGCUUUGUUUAUCUGCGCUUUACCGCAGAUAGUGAACCGUGUUUGCAAGAAAGAGGACAGCGCUAAGGUAUUAAAGCGACGCAGAAAAGCAUUGAUCAACACAGUUAAGGAAUAUCUUGGUUAUUUUGCUGAUAGUGAAACGUCUGAUUCGGAAGAUAAUGGCCUUUAAAGGCAAACCAUGAGAGCAUGGGCUUGCUGCUAUACUUAAAGAUUUGGGAACUUCAGACGAACAAGCUCGUCGCGUAAACAAGAGAUUGAUUUACGAUCUGGGCCAUAUUCAUCAAGCACUUAGUUGAAUUGUUCAGUGAGAACAAGCCUUGUCUUAUAUAAAGUUCAAAAUAAUAAAAUAACUAUGUUACGAAGAUAAGCUAGCAAGAGGUCUAGAUUAUAAAGGCACAUGAUUAAAUAUGAUGGGAUAAAGAGUGUAUUCAAACCUUUCGUCACUAAAAGAUCGAAAUAUUCAUGUAUGAAACUUCAUAAAUACCGCCCCUAGCUUAUAUUUCCUGCAACAAAUAAUAGGCAACAGUGGUAACAAUGGUUACAUAACCAGUACUCUUAGAAGUGAUUGUGUGUUAUUGUGUCUUGUUUCAUCUCUUAAACCUCAACUGCCUGAGUUUUCCCCUCACCCUUGCUUACUUUCGCUAGUAAUCCCUCGUUUGGCUGUAUGUCGAAAGGUUAGUUGGCUGUCGGGGUUCUAUAAGAACAGCACGGAUCUGAUUCCCCUUAUAGAGUGGUUUUGUUUUUUCUGAACUUUUUUAUAUUGCAUUAUAAUUAUGAAAUCAUAUUGAUAUAUACAAUUUUAUAAUUUCAGUUAUCGUAAUAUUUAGUGUUUGUUUUGUUAUUGAAAGUAUAUUUCAUUAUUAUGAUAUAUCACAUGGUGCAUGUCCAUUUAAACCCAUUAUACUGGUUGAGAAGCAGUUUCCGACAGUUUUUACAAGUGUUUAUUGAUUUAUUCAUACGUGUUAAAAUUCCUACUAAAAUUGUUCAUAUUUUAGAUAACUACAGCUCAAGCUGCUAUUGUUGAUAUAUUUUUCACAUGUGUGACGUCACAUAUAGUGUAUCUAAUGGGGGCGCCAAGAGGGUACUUUCACUGUUCUGAUUAGCUGUUGACGAGAAGCAGUUUCCGACAAAUCAAAUACGUGGCAGAUUUUAGGUGCCUAUUGUGUGUUUUUUUAUCCAUUUAUUCAAUAUACUAAAUAGAAGACUAUAAUACGAGAACUAUUAUUUAAUUUUUCAGCAUUUACCAAAAAUUAAACCUAAAAACUUACGCCAGUCAAUCAUCAUUCUGGAAAUCAGGCAGACACUAAAUAUCAAUGAUAUUUUGUUUCAUUUCUAAUAAGAACUUGUGUUUGUAAUCAUUUUAGUGAAUGUGGGUGUGAAACUAGCAUGACAACAGUGUUCGCAAAUAUGUACACAAUGAUCAUUGUUUGUAUAAGUCAAUUAAGGACAACCUUGUAGCUAUUCAUAGAUAUGCAAAUAAGGUUUACACGCAUGCGCAGUGCGCUGCGCGUGACGAUCCCCCACGUGCAAGUUUGUGUACAAAUUGAAAAAUAAACAUUAACCAUUAAAUAAUAAUAAAAGUUAUUUACGUGUCUCGGUAAAAACUUCAACUUUUGAUUGCCUAGUAACCAUAUAAUUGAAUUGCAAUACCUUCUUUAUGAAGAUCAAAAGAAAGUACGCGAAAAAGCGAUUUGUCGGAAACCGCUUUCCGUCGGAAACUGCUUCUCAACCAGUAUAACCCCAGUAUCGUUAUAUUGAUGGCUUUGUUUUUGAGAACAACAUAUAACAUUAUAAUAAUGAAAACAUUUUAUAACACCAGUUAUAACUAUUGUUAUUGUAGUUUUAGAUACAUGUUGUAUAUAUAAAGUAUUAUGAAAACAUAUUGAUACAUUUUCACUAAGUUUAAAUUGUACACUAAGAAGGUAUUGAUUACGGCCCAAGGACUAUAAUUCCUGCUAAAGUAAACAGCUAAUAAACAUAGUUACACUUCCAAUAAAUCGUAAUGGUGAUUGUGUUGUUUCUGAAAACAUAUAACAUGACAUUUCUAUUUUUCAACACAUAUUUAAACGUUUUUUGUAUCUAGAUAUUCUUACCGUGCCUUUAAAGGGUUUAUACUAUAAGUACCUUUGUAAACAUUCAUAAAAUCAGACUAUUCGGGAUAUUUGUCAACAAUAAACAACAAAAUUAUAAUCAAGGGGCGCAACUUUUGUAAUGCGAUUAUCAUCCGGGUUAUAGACAACCUGUUAAAUGUCAUACGGUGUCCAUUUCUUCAUGAAAACCAAGACUUCAUUUAUGAAACGUAAUCUAUUUUCAUAAUGAAAUAUGCAAAAAUAACCAAAUAUACAACAGUGAUCUAAAUUAAAUCUCGAGUGUAUAUAUAACCACGGACCUACAAGCCAGGCCCCAAUUCCUCGGAACAUCUUAAGUCUCUUAUGACCAGUGUAUCUCAGUGAAAUGACCACUUACAUCGAUACUCUUUAAUCCUUUUCAGUCUGUCUGUCUUGCUUUAAUGAAUUUAAUGUGCAUAUAUUAUUUAUCUGUGCCUUAAUUCAUACAUGUCAUUGUACGAUCCCUGUACCAUUCUGUGUCAGUAUGCAUUAGAGUCAAUGAAUUAUAUUGGACAGAUUGGUUUGAUAGUACUAGUGGCUUGCGACAAGAUUGUUCCUUGUCACCUUUGUUAUUUAAUUUGUUUCUGAAUGAUUUAGUAGCAAAAAUUAAGGCUAUAGGAAAAGGUAUAAACAUAGAAAAUGAAUUUGUUUCUUUCCUGUUGUAUGCCGAUAAUACUGUCUUAUAGCUGAAAAUGAAAAUGAUUUACAGUAUUUUUAAGAAGUAUUAUCCAACUGGUGUGCUGUUAACACUAUGGCAGUAAAACCUCAGAAAAGUAAUAUAGUCUGUUUUAGACCACCAUCUGUUGACAAAAGAUCUUAUACUUUCACUUGUGGUGACCAUACUUUACAAGUCGUCAGCCAGUACACCUACUUGGGUCUUCUUUUGGAUGAGCAUUUAUAUUUUAAAAACCCCUGCAAAGUCUGUGGAACAAAGUGCUGGAAAAGCACUAGGGAUCCUGAUAGCAAAAUCGCAUGCCAUAUAAUGUUUGUACAAAACUAUAUGAAAGCUCGGUGUGGCCUAUUGUUGCUUAUGGUGUCUCUAUAUGGGGUACUAAGUCCUACUCCAGUAUAAAUGCGGUGCAAAAGAGGGCUAUGCGCUUUUAUCUAGAUUUGGGAAAAUAUACUCCAACUGCUGCUCUAUAUGGUGAACUUGGUUGGCGACCAGCUCUUGUGAAACAGUGGAGCUAGACAAUGGCAUAGAUUUAAUAGCAUGAAAAGAACUAGAUUGAACUAUAAAAUAUAUGAAUACUGUAAUAAAAAAGCAAGUCCCAAAUGCAAAAACUGGCAAUAUAUUUUUGUACAACAAUUAGAAAAAAAAAGAUUUGUCAAAUCUGCUGAUUACACAUUCUCAGUUCUCAUCGAAAAGAUUUUGUGAUUUCGUUGAAAACAAUAGCAUGGAUCUAUGUGUUAAUAAAUGGAAAAACUGUAUAACCAGUGCAACUGGUCCUAGUGGACGUGGCAGAAAUAAGUUGAGAACAUAUCAAUUAUUAAAAUCUCAAUUUGAAACUGAGUCCUAUGUAUCAAUUCCAAUGCCCUUAAAAUAUAGAACAGCACUUGCUAAGUUUAGGUGCGGGGUAGCACCUCUUCGUCUGGAGACUGGCAGAUAUGAAAAUCUGGUAGUGAUCUAUAGAAUCUGUCCUAUAUGUAAACAAGAUGUUGAGUCAGAAUUAAAUGUGUUAACUAUAUGCUCUGCUUACCAACCACUUAGAAAAGCACUGUAUGAUAAAGCUAAGGAUAUCAAUGUUGAGUUUGUUAACAUGGAUGAUGUACAUACGUGUAUUUUUUAACUCUCCAAUACAGAUAUUGUUAAAUUAACCGCCAAAACCUGUUUUAAUAUACUUUGUACACGUAGUUAAGUGAUAAUCCUUUUAAAUGUAUACUUUCUUAGCUUAAAUGAGUCAUAUAAAUAAGAUUAAGUUUUCAGAAUAGACUUAAUUGUUUUUAUCCUUUAUCAACAAUGUCGAGAUAUGUUUUUUAGUCUCCUGUAAUUCAAUUUUAUAUAUGGAUGUGCACUUAACUCUUAGAUAUUUGUAUAUUAUGCUUUGUUAUGCUGUGUACAUAUGAAAAAUGAAUAAACUAUAAAACUGUCAAUUUAGUAUAGCAUAUUGUAUAUGUUUUGUUAAUUUAUAAGGUAGUGUUUAUGCUAACAUUGGGUUAAAAAUUUAAUUAUAAUUAUUUUUUUACUUAAAACGCGAUGUCUAAUCACUUAUUAUUCACAUUUAAACUUGUGUAAUACAUUUUCAUUAAAAAUUGUUAAAGCGCUUUUAAACUUAAUGUUAUCUUACUAUAGUUUUUUUUUUACUUAUUAAUGGUUCUGCGUAUUGUAUUGCGUAACUGUGUAAGUGUGUAUAUACACACGAGAGUGUGCCAGUGUCUCUCAAGUUGCAUACAUUAUUUUUGAAUAUGCUUAAAUGUAAACAUUUACAAAAAAAAUCGCUAUUCAUUUGUCCUAAUGCUAAGCAUACUACCUAAUUUGUCAUAUAGAUAGAAACCUAUGCGACACUGCACGGAUAUACAUCUUUUCUCGCACUAUCGUUAUAGUUACAGCAUCUUAAUACUGCGUGUAUGUACUGCCUACUAUACUCUUGAUGAUAACUUGAUUUUACUUAUAUAUCUCGUUUGAAUUACAUCCAUUUCAAUUUUAAGUUAAUUUAGGAUCUUUCAAGAAAAUUUAUGUUAAAUAGGUUAUGACUUGAAGUGUUCAGGUAUCCUUUGGGUCUAUGUACAAACUGACUUGUUUUUACUAAUUUUAUCAACUUGUGCAUACGAUUGAUUACCAGUUAGUGUAAAUAUAUGUUCAAUUCUUUACGUACACAGUUUAUACUCUUCGAUGAAAAUAAAAAUAACUAUGACAGCAAUAUGCUCUUGUAAACUUAAGUUCAUUGUUCUGUAGGCGUUAAAACACUUUCCUUGUUCUUUUUGCAUCAAACAUCUUUUCCUGUUCUUUUUUCUUCUAGUAGUCAGUACCACUUUACUGGUCAAUUGUACAGCUAUAAUAUUAACAUUUUCGAUUUUAUUUAGAAUGGAUAUUUUUUUUAAUCAUCGGCCUGUUAGAACGUUACCCAAUGCUUACUCUUGAAUUGCAUUUAUUACUGUUUUAUUUUCUUCUCUCUCUAGAUAGAUCCAGUUUCUGUGUUAUUUGGUGGUUAGAGUUGAAUCUUGUCUUUUUUGUUCAGCUGAAGAUUUAUAGUAUAGUUCUGAUAGGCAUGCCAAUCGUAAAAAUGUUUUUGUUUAUUUUUUUGCGCGUAUCAUGACUGCUCGUGAUAUACCAUCAAUAAUUGUCAUGCCUAGGUACUGUCUAUAUGUUAAAUUAUUUUUGACAAUAUUUUUCGCAUUAGUUAUAGUUCAUAACAUUCAUUGCAGAUACUUAGUCAAAUUAAAUAUUGUUUGUUCAAAUAAAAUAAACCUGUCUAUGUCUGAUGGAGCUCGCUCUUAUCACCAAGUAAGACGUAUCAUAAAAAUGCUUGUUUUGCGAAGCAAUUAUAGGGAUUUUUACUUUCCAUGGUUAUACCAGCUGGGUUGUACACUAUUUUUUUAUUGUCCGGAGAUAUUCACCCAAAUCCUGGUCCUAGUUCUAGUUACAAUUCUUCCACUGUCAGUUCGAAUGGUGAAAGUUCUCUUACUAUCACUACCUGUCCCUUAUAUACACUGCAAUAUUCAAAGUCCGUUUGGUAUUCCAUUCAUAUAAAAUGUUACCAUGUUUACUCAGAGCUGAUAAUGAAUAAUGAAAAUUAGGCUCCGCCUACUGCGUAAUGGUAUUUUUAUUACUGCUGCAGGCUUUUGUACA